AUGGUGCAAACUCGUGUAGUGCGUGGUUGCGGCAGUUGGUGUCCAGGAGGUGAUAUAAGAUUUCAUGCAUUUCCUAAAAACAGUACUCAGAGAAAUUUGUGGUUAUCCAUUGUACCAUUGAAAAUGAAGUAUUAUGAAAGUGCAACAGUUCCUACUGUUAUAAUAAAUCAAGAAACGGUAUCACCAGGCAAGACAACAAGUGCAUUACAUGAAGAGUCUAUUGUGCAAAUAGCUGCUCUGGCUGUACCAAGCAUUAAUUCUGACAUUUAUGAAAGUAGUUCUGCACUUAAGGAAACAGGAGUGAAACGUACUGUCUGUAAUAUUGAAGACCAAACUAGUAAAAAACAAUGUCGAAAAAUUCUUGAAAAUUUAUGCAAUCUUAACAAGUUACCUGUCAGCAGUGAAGACGACGAUCCCGCGAAGAUAGAUAGGGGCGUGCAAGUGAAAAUAAAGUCUAGUAAAGAAGAAAUACUUGAGAAGAAAUCUAAGAUUCUUAAGCAAAAAGUGGCGCGCCAAACUACGAAAAAUCAGGAUAUGUCUUCUUUAAUUGCAACUAUUAAAAAGUAUACGGAAACUAUACGAAGAUCUUUAUCUUUAUUUAACUGUAAUGUUGGUUUCCUCUCUGAAGUACUGGAAUAUUUAAAAGAACAAGUUAAAACACCUGAAAAAAUAUAUUUAAAAAAUGUUGUUUUAAUAUUUGAUGGAAUGGCAUUAAGACAAAAUUUGGCAUAUGAUCAAAAAUUAGACAAAGUGGUUGGGUAUGUAGAUUUAGGACCAAUUCCUGUAAGUGAUCCAGAAAAAUUAGCUUCCGAAGCCCUUGUGUUUCAAAUAGUGUCUUACGGUGUACGUUUCAAGAGUCCAAUUGCAUAUUUUUUAUUGCAAAUAACUUGUCUGGGGAACUGCUUUCCGAAUUAA